AGCAUAAAUUAACAUUAUACUCUUGAAAGGAAGUACAAAUAAUAAAUUUAAUAAACGUGUUUAAAGUAUCUUUGUAAAACUUUGUAAAGCAUUUGAUAAUAGAAUUUAGAAUGUGGUUUUAAGGAGACGUAAUUAAUUUUAUGUUUAAAACAACAUAUUCAAUAUUAUCCAAUAUCGUGUAUUCAACUAUUAUAUACAGCCUAAUUUCAUAGAGUGUAUCACAUAUUUGUUAAAAUGUUAAAACCGAAAGCGUUGACACAAGUGCUUAGUCAAGCAAAUACAGGAGGUGUAGAAAAUACAUUGCUUUUGACACAUCAAGGUGCACUCCUAGCAUAUUCAGGUUACAAUGAUAAGGAUGCAAGAGUAACAGCUGCUAUUGCAAGUAAUGUCUGGUCUGCAUAUGAGAAACAAGGGAAAAAUGUUUUUAAAGAAGAUAAAUUACAUUUAAUUCUUGUAGACUGUCAGAAUGGAAAGAUUGCUGUUACCCAAGUAGCUAAUUUAUUACUUUGCUUGUAUUCGAAGGAAACUGUUGGAUUUGGUAUUUUGAAAGAAAAAAUUAAUGCAAUUGCACAAUAUUUAGAAGGACCCUUAAAACAAGUAGCUAGUUCUUAACAUAAUUUUUUAAUAAUUAUCAUAUGUAUAUAAGCAUUAUAUUACUAUAUUUUGUUAUUAUAAUAAAUGACACAC